AUGUCUAUUGAAACUGUCAUUUUCGUGUGUGUUGCAUUAAGUACUACCGUGUUUGGUAAGGAUACGAGAAUCGGUGGUGGCGAUGACACAAAUAAUCACCAAUUUUCUUAUCACGCAUCCUUAAAAAGUAUCUAUAGCAAUGAUUACUUAUGCGGCGGUGCAAUAAUUUCUAAAAAACACAUUCUUACGACGGCCUAUUGUGUCAAUAUUGGCAAUAUUAUCUAUUCCGACUUGAUGAUACAAGUAGGAACUACAAAAAAAUCAAAUACUGAUGGAUUGAUAGUUUUCCCUGACAGAAUUUUUUCUCAUCCAAUGUAUACCGGUCGUCCAAGCUCAACAACCAAUAAGCUUUACAAUAUUGCAAUUAUUCGGAUAAAAGAGACCCUGCCAUUUAAUAAUUAUCAAAAUAAGGUAAUGCUUCCAAGUAUGGACGUCAUAAAUAACUUUGUUGGUACACUCAGUGGUUGGAGUACAGAUCUUAAUAUGGCGAAUGUACCUAUGGACCGAUUAAAAAUGGCUAUAAUGAUAAUUAUUGAUAUGAAUAUUUGCAAAUCCAGUGCUUCGUUCGCCAUCUAUUCGGAUCAAUUUUGCACUUACCAUGAAAGAAUAACUUUGACCAAUAGCGAUAAUGGAAGUCCAUUGGUCAGUGACAAUAGAUUAAUUGGUCUAGCUGAUACUUCUCAACAAAUUUUAGGUCACGAACAAUUAUUUGUUAAUGUUUUUAGCCACAUCGAAUAUAUAAGAUAUAUUGUAGGAAAAUGA